AGGGGGUGGGGGUGGGGGCGUUUUAGGGGAACGUUCCCUGAAGGUUCUGUGAUGGUUCCACAAAAAUAACCCUCACUACAGAUCCAACAUCCCUACACUGCCGGAGUUCCUCAGGGCCCGGGGUGUGACGUCACUCUCCCAGAAUGCAUGGCUUCCAGCGCGGCGCCCAGCAGUCCAGGCCCGGACUCUAAUAAACAUCUUUAAAACUUGUUCCAAAAUGUCGAUAUGGGGACGGAACGGAGACUGGACGAAGAGCUGGACCGAGGCACAAUCGGUCUGCAAAGAUGUUGAGCUGCCUCUGUGAUUCAGCUGCUGUGACUGUGGCGUUCAGGGCUGCUGAAUACUAAAAUAGACUGUGGGCCAACACAAGAGCUCUUCUCAGGAAACACACAGAUUCAGUCAGAGCUUCCAAAGCUCCUCAUCACCGCAGCCCUUUUGGGGUUGCUAUGGCAGCUGCUGUCACAGAAACCAAGUGCUGGACACAGGCUUGCCUCAGCAAGGCAGGACAGACCACUAGUCAUUGCUGCAAGAAACCAUCAAACAGUCAACAAACAGCACUUAGCAUUAAUUCUAGUACUCUAAGUUAACAAAACGACAAGAGGUUGAUGGUCAGCUCUCUGGAGAAUCCUCAUGAGUCUUGUCUGUGUCUGCUCAGGCUCUUGGCCAGAGUCCCUAUGCAGCAGCAGAGCCAGCACUGUUCCUUCUGUUAGACCAUGUUCCACCAACAGGACCAUCUGAAGAGCCAGCUGCAGGAGAGCCACCCAGCCAGCAGACAGCUCUUUCACUGCCAGGACUGUGGGAAGCAAUACAACACCCAGCUGGGUUACAGACGCCACCUGGUGGCAGCUCACAGCGCUGCAGCAGGCCUACCCUGCCCCGAGGGGGCGCCUUCCCUGCUGGAGCACCUGGGCGGCCAUACAGACAGGCCACCCCCGUCAGAGGGCAGUGCUAAUACUGCUGUGCCAGUGAGAGAGAGAAAGUAUUCAUGUGAGCGAUGUGACCGCCGGUUUUACACUCGUAAGGAUGUCCGACGGCAUGCUGUGGUGCACACUGGGCGUCGUGAUUUCCUGUGCCCACGCUGUGCACAACGCUUUGGCCGCAGAGACCACCUGACCCGCCACUUGAAGAAGAGCCAUGCCCAGGAGUCAGGGUUGAUGCCACCCUGUACUCCCAGCACUCCUGUGGCUACACCGACCUCUGCCACCCAGUGCCCAGUGAAGGAGGAGCCCAGCCCUGUGACCUCUGAUAUGGGCUCUGUCUCUAAAGAGCCCAUGGAGACUUUCUCCAGGGACAUGUACAACUCCUACCCAACGGCCAAUCCUGUCCCUGGGAUGGGCCACCCUCAUGGCCUCAUGCAGGGCUCCUUGUCCUCAGGCAUGGGUGUGGGUCGCCACAGGCCCCCCCAACCCUCUCACCCCCAUCACCAUCAUCUGCAGCCUCCAGCAGCUCCACAGCAGCAGCCCUACAGCAACAUGGCCAGGUACCAGCAUGGAUCUACCUCAUAUCCUCGCACCGACGUGGACAGUUUCCUGCUGGACCUGCAGAGUGCCCCCCCACCUCACCUGAGUGCAGUCAACUCCUCUACCUCUACUUCUGCUUCCCCCCAGAGGGAGGUUCUGGGUGAAGGGGUGGGUUCUGGUGGUGACCCCCACCUCUUGUGCCGGAGCCCUGCUGUCUCCUCAGCCGAGCUGUCCUGCACCACCAACAUGGACCUCGGGCCUCUGUUGGGUUUCUUGCCUUUUAGCCUACCACCCUACAGCCCUCACAUGGGGAUGGGAGGGUUAGUGAUGAGCUAUCCACCAGCCACCACAACCACUUCAUCUCCAUCCUCUUCCACUGGGCUGUCCUCCCAGGCCCCAGGGCCUUUUACCUUUUUCCAGCCUUCCCAGGCUCAUGUACCCCAGGGCCCUGGAGCCCACAACCACAGCCAACUACCUCAGGCUUAUAGCAGUCCUUCUAUGAGCACUUCAGGCUCCCUACCUCACUACUAUCAGGCCUUUCAGCAGUAAGCAGCUCUGUCCCCACAAAUGUUGCCUUUGUCGUGCUCAUGGAUUUUUCAUCAAAAGGGUAAAACAUGAGAACAGCAUCUUUAUUGUAAAACAAAUGUGUUUAGCCUGUCGGUGCUUAUGAUGCUAAUCUAAGUAGUUUUUUGUUGAACACAACAAAUCACCUCAUCAGUAUUACCUCAUUAUUUAAAAAGGAAGCUUGAACAUUAGAGGAAAUUUGAUGGUCUCACUACAACCAAAACAGAGUACCUCUUUUCGUCAGACCUAUUACCAACAGUGGAAGCACUUAACAUACUUGUCACAGGUGCUGCACAAUGCUGAGAGUCAUCCAGUUUUAGGUUAUCAUGGUUAGAGAAUAUUUUAUCCAGUUCUGAAUCAUGAGAUAGAAAAUGGCACCAUCCAUACUGAAACUGACUUGAGAUUUUCUCAUUUUAAAAUAUGAGAGCAUAAACAGCCUUACAGAGGGAGAAAACUUAAUGUACUAAAAUAUGCAAUAAUGAGCUUCCCAGCCAAUCAUCAAGCAAUACACCAACUGCUGUGUCCAGCAGAUAGAAAUAUUAAAUGACCAAAUUUCACGAUCAGCCAUUAUUUCAAGUGGUGUACAUUUAACCAUUAAUUCAGAUUUAGUCUUUGGCCUGUUGGCCUAGUGUCUGUAAGUGCAGUCAGUAACACUUACAGUAACUAACUUAACAGUAACUGUAAAGCUAGACUGCACUGACUAAAUUUUGACAGAUGGAUGACAGAUUAAAGGAAAAAUGUGAGAAAUGAGUGGAGAAACAGAAUGACCAUUCCCUUAUCUAUAGGGAAAAUUACUUAAACCAUAUACUGUGGCCUUCACAGUCACCAGAUCUCAAUCCAGUCGAACACCUGUGGGAGAUUUUGGACCGACAUGUUAGAAAAUGCUCUCCACCAUCAUCAUCAAAUCAAAAUAAGGGUACAUCUUUUCGAGAAUGGUUCCAUCCCUCCAGUAGAGUUCCAGAGACUUGUAGAAUCAAUACAAAGGUGCAUUGAAGCUGCUCUGGCAGGACAUGGUGGUCCAACACCUUACUAAGACACUUUAUUUUGGUUUUUCCUUUAAUUUAUCGCUCAUCUGUGUCUAAUCUAUUAUUAAUCAACUGAACAACUAGUAAAUCAAAAAUGUAACACAUUGUUACUGGAAUUGAACCAGUAACCACAGUCUCAGAUUCUGAUGCUCUGUAUUGGACAAAUGUAACAGAAGAGCUCUUCGUGCUGAAAUUCCAUAUUGGAAGCCCUGAGAAAAUUUAGAUGAAGUUAUCUGACAUCACAUCAGCAUAGUAACACAAACUAAUAACUGCUACAUAGCUACUUUUCCCUGUUCUUUAAUGUAGCAUCACUAGAUUAAAUGCACUUAUGUUCAUUUUCAACAUUGCAGGUCAUUAAAGGUCAAAGUCAUGCUAACUCACAGAAGGCAGAAAGCUGCUGCUCCACUGCUAUCUAUAGGUAAAGGUUUUUCAGAACCUUUUUUAGUGCUCUUACCCUUUGGGCCAGAACAUUUGACACAAUAGAAACUGUUCAGACAGAGAAGUGUUGCUUAGAUCAAAUAUUGCUGAACUCCAUACACUGUAUUUACUAUUAUUCAAAAUAGUUCAGUUAUUGAGACACAAUACAGAUCACCUGUAACUGAACUGGCAACCAACAGGUGAGCUUAUUUGAAAUUCCUGCUGGUUUUCUGAGAUUCAUUUGUUCCUCCCUCCUGUGAUGCUCUCAGCAUCCUUAGUGUGUCUUGUGCCUCUCUGCCUGGGCCUCAGAGAGCAGUGUGGUAGCCGUGUAAUCCUUAAAGCCCUCGAAUCUGCUGUGUUUAAAGGUCAAACAGAGAACUAUAAAAUAUUCAGUUGCCGACACUCUGUGCCAACCAUGUCACUGAUUACAGGGUUGCUGCCUGUCCCUUUUAAAAUACAUGCGAGAAAUAACCUCUGAUAGCAUCUCACAGAACCAACGCUUAGGUGCUCAAAAAAUGUGUUAUGAGAAUAAUGAUGAAAAUUCUGAACUUGGUGGUAGGCAGUUUUUUUAAUGACUUUUAAGGUAGGGUGGGGUAUGUCAGAUAAGUACAAAGUAGCAAAAUAUUUUUCAUGACCAGCUUAGUGACUGAAUGUCCAUGUUCCUGAACUGUGACACUUACAGUUUCAUGCUUCUCCAAUGACGCAUGUGAACAUCCCCACAGAUCUAUGCAUUGAAAAGUGUUACGGCAACUUUAGGUUGCAGAGGAGGCGAGGUGCACACCUCCCACCCCUGUGUGUGUACUUGUAUGGCUAUGCUUUGACUUCUAGACCUUGGGAGUGAGGACCUUUGGGAUAGAUAGAUUAGAUGGAUAACAUAUUGCAGUGCUUGUAUGCUCUUUACGAUGGCAUGACGUGUGAGUGUACAGAUGAGCAUAAAAAUGACAAUGGUGGUGACAGCUAGCAUUUUAUAUUUUCUGUUUUCCACUGGUUGAGAAUUGGUUUGUGAUGAACUUUCCAUCUGCACUGCAUGCAGUAGGAAUUUAUAGCAGCUUGUUGAAGAGAUGCAGAUACACACAUUCAUCUAUCUUUGUGAGGACACUCAUUGAUAUAAUGCAUUCCUUAGCCCCUUACCCAAACCUCAACAAUCACAACUAAAUGCCCAACCCCUUACCCUAACCAUAAGUAGAGGUCAUGUAUCCCUGCCCCCCCCAUUUCCAUAUUUUCCACAGUGGAAGGUGGCAACCCUAGUUACAUGACAUGACCUGGGGCACUUGGAACAGCUUUGUAAUUUAGGCAAAGGGGAAGUCUCAGAGUGCUCCCUGUUACCUGUUUUGUGCUUUUCAAACUGUACCACUGGAUUUGAGCAGAUUGUAACUGUGACCUGCUUGUUUGAAUUUCUGACUUUAUUUUUGAAUAGAAUGCAGCAUAAAUUCUACAAAUGCCUUCCAGAGCACUUGAACCUAACUUUUACAAUGUCACUGUUGGUAUUUACAUCCAUUUAUCUGAGGCUGUGGUGUUGGAUCACAAGACGUUCUGAUGUACUUAGGACUAAAAGGUGACUCCCCCUCUCGUCCUGGCCUUGUCUUUGCUGCAGACAGGAGAGCCAGAGAAGAGGCAGCUGAGGAGCAGCUGGCCUGUUGUGAUUCAAGGUUCCUUUAACAGAGUUGCACUGCAGCAUGGCAAGAAUAAUGGAUCCUAACCAGCAGCUUUUCAAUAACGGAUACUCCACUUGUGAAAUUGAUCAAGUGUAGAAGGGAUUUAGGAGCCCUCCAGCUGAAUGUUGUGAGUGAUUGAUGUGAUAUUGGAAAAAGAGAUAUUUAGAGAAGAGAGAUGAUGUUGCUCUCUCUUUUGCCUUAAUUCCGCAAACCACAUGUUAAAGGACUUCUCUCAUUAGGAUUGUAACAAGCUUCAAAAUGUUGCACCAAUGUCUUAAAAUGCUACUGUUGUGCCUCUCUAAGAGUGUCUAAUCUCUUGACUGGGUUUAAGCACUUAUGACAUUAAAAAAAAAAGGAUGAAUUUGAUCUGUACCUCAAACAUACAGAACUGUGGGUUUCUGUUACUAUUUGUAUUUGAUUCUAGUUACUUUGGCUCUUACUUGUGCCAUUAGAUUGAAACUAUAAAGGUAGAUUUUAUGAAUCUAAACUCUUUAUCUAGCAGCAGACAUUGAUAUUAUAAUUCAGUCAAACUUUCUACCUCUACCUUGUCAUAUAUCUUUCUGCAAAAAUCAUUAGAAAUAGUUUUAACCUGUAACAGUUAGGCAGUUUUUACCACUGUUGAACAUGGGGAUAUGUUCAAAAUUCAACUUUGAAGGACUGGGUACACACUCAAGUCCUAGUGGGGUGUUCCAGAGUCAAACAUAGUUCUCUGUACUUGCCUUUAAUGAUAUUUCUACUUAUUUACUACCUCAGAGAAGAGACAGGUGACUGUCCAUCUAACUGCAGAGAAAAUGACUGUGUAUAGUUUUAUUUUUGUCAGAACAAGCACAUGUACUUUGUAGCUCCAUAGUUUUUACUGAGGUUAGCUCACAGCAGAAUGAUGUCUAUCUUAACCAGAAUCACAUUAUCUGUCAGCUGUUGUGUUGUAAUGCUGUGUGUCUGCCUGUUCAGUCUGGAAUGUUUACUCUGUUUAAGAAUCUGGGCCUUGAUCUAAAGGCAUUCCACAGCUGCAUGUUGGAAUGUACAGAAAACACUUGGGUAUUCUGGAUUCCCACUUUGAGCACUUCACCUAAAAGUACUGUUCCAAAUUGACGGUCCUGCUCUAAGUGAUGCAUUUUUAUCAGGAACCAUGUUAAACAUUCACUGAUUCCAGCUUCUGCAGUGUUAGUGUUUGCUGAUUUCCUGGUACUUACCAUUGUCAAUUUGAAUACCUUUUGUGGUGUUUACUCAUCAAUCAGACGCAGAAGCAGUUUGAACACAUCAGUGGGGUUUGGCUGGGGUAAAAUGCUGCAGCCACUGCACACCAUUGGCUCAGGGAAAAUCAGCUUGGAUAUUUCCUCUUUUAUACGGUCACACAGACCUACAAUACCAGACUCUGGGGAAUCUUGAAGGACCCAUAUUCAUGAUGUAUAAAUUGGUUAACUGUAAAGUAGUGAGUUGCAGUUUUGGGAAUAUGCACCACUAAACCAAAGUAUCUGAUAAGGGCCCUACAUUAGUACUACUUGUACUUUUACUAUGUAAAAAAAGAGCAUGAGGGAGACGCUCAGACCCUACCUAGUUUCAUACCUCCACAUAGUUGUGCAGAUAAUAGCUGCUGUCCAUCAGGAAGAGACAUGACAUUGCAAUUGCACUGUAAAAUCUUGUAGAGAAGAGGUUGUUGAGGAUAGUAGGUCAACAAAGCAUGUGAUGUUGACACAGGGUGCUGCUGUUCCCACUCUGUUUCUUACCAACAGUAAAUGUCAGUGUCUUUUAACUAUAACCAUAAUCUUUUCUUACCCUUAGCCAAGCAGUUCUAGUUAGUAGGUGAUGGAUGACAAGAGCACUAUUAAACCUUUUUCUUAAUGAUCUUUUGUAAUUGUUGUGGAAGGUAGUGACAGAUGAUGAUGUCUUGUCAAUAGGAGUGCUUAACAAUUGACCUGUUUUGUCAUUUAGAAAAACACCUGUCUUAUCACCUCUCUUGUCAAAAUUUACAGGGUGCAUAUUCUAAACAAAUUUGCAAUUAACUAUAUUACUACAAACACAGGGUCUGCCCAGUAGUAGGCUCACGUUGAAAAAUACUCAGGCCAUAUUUUCAGAGAACCAAUGACUCCGACCUUGAGUCAUUAACAUGUAUAUAUCAUUAUAUUGGUACAUGUCUUCUGUUUCUGCACAGUCUCUAUGCCACGUUUGUAGAUGGGACAAUGUGUUUGAAUAACAACAAACACAAGUUGAAGCAUUCCAGACUGAAUGUACAGAGGCGGUUGAGAGCAGGGGUCACAGGAUACCAGGACUCAUUUCACUACAUGACUAUUCUGUACUGUUGUGUUACCUGCAUUUAGGUUGGCUCUGAGAACCACCACAAUGCAGGUUUCACUAACUUUAACUUAGACAAGUUUUGCUUUAGGUGUUUGUAUUAUCACUUAAUAGACUAGAAUACAUUGAAAAGAAAAGUUGUCAUUUUCUAAUUAUCUGAGUAUAAAGUAAUACAAAAUAAAUCUUUAGAUUUC